UUUGGCUACCACUUCCUUCCAGGAUCUUGUUUCCCAAGAAAACUUGGCUUUUAUAUUUCUUUUCAUUAAUUAAUUUGAUCCAAUAACACUUUAAUUAAAUUACAAAAAUCACUCACCGAAAAAAAGUAGUAAUCGGAAUAUUCUGAUCACCGUCAUCAUGAGCCGUGGCAGCGGAGGUGGAUAUGAUCGACACAUUACUAUUUUUUCCCCUGAAGGCCGUCUUUUUCAAGUUGAAUAUGCAUUUAAAGCUGUGAAAGCAGCUGGGGUGACAUCAAUUGGGGUCAGAGGAAAAGAUUCUGUCUGUGUUGUUACUCAGAAGAAAGUUCCUGACAAGCUAUUGGAUCCAACUAGCGUAACACACCUUUUUCCUGUUACCAAGUUUCUUGGAUUGUUGGCUACUGGAACUACAGCUGAUGCAAGGACCUUAGUUCAACAAGCAAGGAAUGAAGCUGCCGAGUUUCGUUUUAAAUAUGGAUAUGAGAUGCCUGUAGACGUAUUGGCUAGAUGGAUUGCAGACAAAUCCCAAGUGUAUACCCAACAUGCUUACAUGAGACCACUUGGAGUAGUGGCUAUGGUUUUGGGUAUCGAUGAUGAAAAUGGUCCCCGACUUUUCAAAUGCGACCCAGCAGGUCACUUUUUUGGUCACAAGGCAACAAGUGCAGGCUUGAAAGAGCAAGAGGCAAUCAAUUUUCUGGAGAAGAAAAUGAAAAAUGAUCCUGAAUUUUCUUAUGAUGAGACUGUACAGACUGCAAUUUCUGCUUUACAAUCUGUUCUACAAGAAGAUUUCAAGGCCAAUGAGAUUGAGGUUGGAGUGGUGCGGAAGGACAAUCCAGCCUUUCAUGUGCUCCCAACUGAGGAAAUUGAUGAGCACUUGACUGCCAUCAGCGAGCGUGAUUAGAGUUUACUUGUUUGAGGUUGCGUCUGUUAUCAUGUUAUUCGAAGAAUGUUUAGUUAAAACUCAUAACAAUGUUGUUCAUCAAUCACCUCUUGUUUUUUAAACUCAUUUGCGUUGUAGUUUAUUAUCCUUCCUAUUUGCCAAGUUUA